CCUUUAUAGGGAAGACUAUUUAGUGGAGAAGAUUAAAAUCGUUGGCUGUACAUAUAUGGCAGCCUGUGGCUUGGACCCACGCUUCAUGGGGCGCAUCAACGAACGGUCAGGAAAUAAGCCAUCCGUUAUAACGGAGGUGUCACGCGCUCAACGUUAUCUGGCAUCCUCAAUAUCGAUUGCCGAAAAUCCGGCUGUACCCAAUGAGGAAGUGGUUUUUGUUUUAACUACAUUUGCAUUGGAUCUGCUGCGAACACUUUGGACGUGGCGCAAUGUCUACACAAAUAUACUUGAUCGUAGCCUGUUCACCGGAAAUAUGAAAAUYGGUAUAUCCUGUGGUGAGGUGAUGGCAGGAGUCGUUGGUGCUUCCCAGGUUCACUACGAUAUAUGGGGCACUCCAGUGAACAUGGCCUCGCGCAUGGACUCUACCGGUCUUUCUGGACAUAUACACGUUUGCGAAGAUACUGCCUACAUUUUGCGCAAAUUCGGAAUAGAAUGUGAUUAUCGUGGCUUGACAUUUGUAAAAGGUCUCGGGAUUCUACCAACCUAUUUUGUGGGCGUUAACGAAGAUCACGAGUUUANUAUUAUUUUUUUUUUAUUUAUUAUUAUAUUUUAUCGUUGUUUCAAUACUUUUGCCAAAUGUAUAUUUAGACUGCUUGGUGUCUUGGUAACUAACUCAUUGUGUUUUCCAUUCUCGCUUCUCGUUUUCGCCGCAGAUGAGGAAAUCGACGUUGUCUCGCUGAACGAUAAGAAGUUGCCGACGAAUCCCUCGGACCGCGAUCGACGCGUCCUCCAGACAAAGGUGGCCAACAAAAUCUCGAGCGACAAUCGCAUCGUGGCCCAGCGCUCGUCCAGGCGCUAUGAGCUGCCCUAUACGCCGGCUAGCAGCAGCCCCGUUAAGUCUGUGGCCAACUCUCGCUACCCGUCGCCCUCGAGCACGCCCUACCAGGGCUCAGGCGCAGUGGCAGCCACCUACUCGCCCGAGAGCAGCAGCAGCAGCGACUGCUUAAGUCCGCCCUGCGUCAUUGGCGUGGCCCCCAUCGGCAAGAAGAACCGCAAGCGCUUCUACAUGCCCGACUGCAAUGAGUUCUUGCUGGCGGCGGCCAAGCGCCAGCCACGUUCCUAUUUGCUCUCCAAACAGCGCCCCCGGAAGCGUGGAAAAUUCAGCUCAAACGGCUUCGAUGCCAAGGACGUCCGCAGCGUCAUGUCGAAUGGCAGCAACUGCCCCAGCCUUAGCACCAUCACCAGCAGCAACAGCAGCCUCAGCAACGUCAGCAGCAGCAGUAGCAGUCACAUCCAUAGCAUCAACAGCAACGCGCUGAAACGUCAUCUGAGCGUCGACGAGGCGGAUACGAUUGAGAAGCGUAAUCUGCAUAACGAUAUGGAGCGCCAGCGUCGCAUUGGACUUAAGAAUCUGUUCGAGGCACUCAAGACGCAAAUACCCAACAUUAGGGACAAGGAGCGUGCGCCCAAGGUCAACAUCUUGAGGGAGGCGGCCAGGCUCUGCGAGCAGCUGACCAGCGAGGAGCGGGACCUGAACGUCAAGCGUCAGCUGUUGAAGGCUAAGCUCAAGCAGCAGCAAGAGCUGUUGGCGCGUCUGCGCAUGAGUCUGAGUAAGAAUGCUGCUGAAUGAUGAUAGCCUUAAGAGAGUAAGAGAAAGAAGAAGGGCAAAUGAGGGGAAUGGAAGCAAGCGCGGGUAAGAUAGGACUACAAGUGAAGAACGUGUUUGCAAGCAAUCCAUGUUUAGCGGUAACUAUCGAUAGACCGAUAGAUUGAUAAAUCGGUAACGACGACAGUUUGAGACCGAUGUAGAGAGAGAGAGAGAAAGAGAGAGAGAGAGAGAGUAGUCGCAAACUGACUACGAUUUUUUUUUUUUU